GGGCACCACCCUGGUUCAAACCUUCGCCGCCGGCCGGUGUUAGUUGGAUAGCCGGCUCUCUGGGAGGUGGCUGUAUAUUCUUACUACUCUUCUCAACUACUUCUCCCUUGUCGAUAACUGAGCUGCCGCUGUUUGCACUGCCUAGGUGCCUUGUAUUCAGGCCUCCUACCAAAGAAGAACCAUGGCACAAAAAGAUGCAGACAAAUAUCUGUAUGUUGACCGCAACUACGUCAACAACCCUUUGGCUCAAGCUGACUGGGCGGCCAAAAAGCUGGUGUGGGUACCUUCAGAAAAGAAUGGAUUUGAAGCUGCCAGCAUUAAAGAGGAGGUCGGGGAUGAAGCCAUUGUUGAAUUGGCAGAGAAUGGCAAGAAGGCAAAAGUCAAUAAAGAUGACAUCCAGAAAAUGAAUCCGCCCAAGUUUUCUAAAGUUGAAGAUAUGUCAGAACUUGCUUGCUUAAAUGAGGCCUCAGUUUUGCACAAUUUGAAGGAACGCUACUACUCUGGAUUAAUCUAUACUUACUCAGGUCUGUUCUGUGUGGUCAUAAAUCCAUACAAAAACCUGCCAAUUUACUCAGAAGAAAUUGUUGAAAUGUACAAAGGCAAGAAGAGACAUGAAAUGCCCCCACAUAUUUAUGCUAUUACAGAUACAGCCUACCGAAGUAUGAUGCAAGAUAGAGAAGAUCAGUCUAUCCUUUGCACAGGAGAGUCUGGAGCUGGUAAAACAGAAAACACAAAAAAAGUAAUCCAGUAUUUGGCUUAUGUUGCAACAUCACACAAAUCUAAAAAGGACCAGGGUGAGCUGGAGCGUCAGUUGUUGCAAGCCAACCCUAUUCUUGAAGCCUUUGGUAAUGCAAAAACUGUAAAGAAUGACAACUCUUCCCGAUUUGGCAAAUUCAUCCGAAUAAAUUUUGAUGUGAAUGGUUAUAUUGUCGGAGCAAACAUUGAAACCUACUUGCUGGAAAAGUCUCGAGCCAUUCGUCAGGCCAAAGAUGAAAGGACUUUCCACAUAUUUUACUACCUGUUGUCAGGAGCUGGAGAACACUUACAAUCUGACCUGCUGUUGGAGGCCUACAACAAAUACCGCUUCCUCUCAAAUGGUCAUGUAACCAUCCCAGGCCAGCUAGAUAAAGAUCUGUUUCAGGAGACCAUGGAAGCAAUGAAGAUUAUGGGGUUCAGUGAUGAGGAGCAGAUUGGUUUGUUGCGGGUUAUUUCUGUAGUCUUACAAUUAGGAAAUAUUGCAUUCAAAAAGGAACGCAACACUGAUCAGGCUUCAAUGCCUGACAAUACAGCUGCCCAGAAAGUUUGCCACCUUAUGGGAAUAAACGUGAAUGACUUCACCAGAGGCAUCCUUUUGCCCAGAAUCAAAGUUGGAAGAGACUAUGUUCAAAAGGCACAGACCAAAGAACAGGCUGACUUUGCAAUUGAAGCCUUGGCAAAAGCCACUUAUGAACGUAUGUUCCGUUGGCUUGUAAUGAGAGUGAACAAAGCCCUAGACAAAACCAAGAGACAGGGCGCAUCAUUCAUUGGCAUUCUUGAUAUUGCUGGCUUUGAGAUAUUUGAGCUAAAUUCAUUUGAGCAACUCUGCAUCAAUUACACCAAUGAGAAACUUCAGCAACUCUUCAACCACACAAUGUUCAUCCUGGAGCAGGAAGAAUAUCAACGUGAGGGCAUUGAAUGGAACUUUAUUGACUUUGGCCUUGAUCUUCAGCCUUGCAUUGACUUGAUAGAAAAGCCUGCUGGUCCACCAGGUAUUUUGGCACUCUUGGAUGAGGAAUGCUGGUUCCCAAAAGCUACAGAUAAAAGCUUUGUGGAGAAAGUUGUGCAAGAACAAGGAACUCAUUCUAAGUUCCAGAAACCAAAGCAGCUGAAAGACAAAGCAGACUUCAGCAUUAUGCAUUAUGCUGGCAGGGUGGAUUACAAGGCUGAUGAAUGGCUAAUGAAAAAUAUGGAUCCUCUUAACGAUAACAUUGCCACUCUUCUGAACCAGUCCUCUGAUAAAUUUGUGUGUGAGCUUUGGAAAGAUGUGGAUCGCAUUGUUGGCUUGGAUCAAGUAGCUGGCAUGGGAGAUACAGCUCUCCCUGGAGCCUUCAAGACCAGAAAAGGAAUGUUCCGUACUGUUGGACAGUUUUACAAGGAACAACUUUCCAAGCUGAUGGCCACUCUUAGAAACACCAAUCCAAACUUUGUUCGCUGCAUCAUUCCUAAUCAUGAGAAAAAGUCUGGAAAACUUGAUGCCCACUUAGUACUGGAUCAGCUACGCUGCAACGGUGUAUUGGAAGGAAUCAGAAUCUGCAGACAAGGCUUUCCAAAUAGAGUUGUCUUUCAAGAGUUCAGGCAAAGGUAUGAAAUCCUUACACCAAAUGCUAUUCCAAAAGGCUUCAUGGAUGGGAAACAGGCUUGUGUUUUAAUGAUCAAGGCCCUGGAACUAGACUCCAACUUGUACCGGAUUGGUCAGAGCAAGGUGUUCUUCCGAGCUGGUGUUCUUGCUCACUUGGAGGAAGAAAGGGACCUGAAGAUUACAGAUGUGAUUAUUAGCUUCCAGGCCUGCUGUAGAGGCUACCUUGCCAGAAAGGCUUUUUCAAAGAGACAACAGCAGCUGACGGCUAUGAAGGUCAUACAGCGAAACUGUGCAGCCUACCUGAAACUAAGGAACUGGCAGUGGUGGAGGCUUUUUACAAAGGUUAAGCCACUUUUACAAGCAAACCGAUUUGAUGAAGAGUUGCUAGCUAAAGAAGUUGAACUACAGAAAGUCAAAGAGCUUCAUGUUUCUUCUGAACAGAAAAUGUCAGAAAUGGAGAAUAUACAAAUGACGCUUCAACAAGAGAAAAUGCAGCUGCAGGAGCAGUUGCAGGCUGAAAUAGAACUCUGUGCAGAGGCAGAGGAAAUGCGAGCCCGCCUAGCUACCAAGAAACAAGAGUUAGAGGAGAUCCUGCAUGAUCUUGAGUCCCGGGUUGAAGAAGAAGAGGAAAGGUGCCAGAUCCUGCAAACUGAGAAAAAGAAAAUGCACCAAAACAUUGCAGAACUGGAAGAGCAAUUGGAAGAAGAAGAAGCUGCUAGACAGAAGCUUCAGUUAGAAAAAGUUACUGUUGAGGCAAAGAUGAAAAAGUUGGAAGAGGAUGUUCUUGUACUGGAAGAUCAGACCAGCAAGCUUAUCAAGGAGAAAAAACUCUACGAAGACCGUAUUGCAGAGUUUACCACAAAUCUUGCUGAAGAAGAGGAAAAAUCAAAGAGCCUUGCAAAACUUAAAAAUAAGCAUGAAACUAUGAUCUCCGACUUGGAAGAGCGACUAAGACGUGAGGAGAAGCAACGCCAAGAACUUGAGAAAACAAGACGAAAGUUGGAGGGAGACUCAACAGAUUUACAUGAUCAGAUAGCAGAGCUACAGGCACAGAUAGCCGAACUCAAAAUGCAACUCGCCAAAAAGGAGGAAGAACUGCAAGCAGCAUUAGCAAGAGUUGAGGAGGAGUCUACUCAGAAGAAUAUGGCCUUAAAAAAGAUCAGAGAGUUGGAAUCACAGAUUGGUGAACUUCAGGAAGACUUGGAGUCUGAAAGAGCCGCACGCAAUAAGGCAGAGAAACAAAAACGGGACUUGGGUGAAGAACUAGAGGCUCUGAAGACAGAGCUAGAGGAUACUUUGGAUUCCACAGCCACACAGCAGGAACUGCGAACAAAGCGAGAACAGGAAGUGACCCAUCUCAAAAAGACCUUGGAAGAUGAAGCACGAACACAUGAAGCUCAGAUACAAGAAAUAAGGCAGAAACACUCACAGGCUGUAGAAGAGCUUUCUGAGCAGCUUGAGCAGACCAAAAGGUUGAAAGGCAAUUUGGAGAAGGCAAAACAGGCACUUGAGGGUGAGCGGAAUGAGUUGGCCAAUGAAGUGAAGAAUCUUAUGCAGUUUAAAGGAGACUCUGAACACAAAAGAAAGAAAGUAGAAGUUCAGCUUCAAGAGCUGCAAGUGAAAGUCACAGAAGGAGACAGAGUACGGUCUGAGCUCUUCGAGAAGGCCAACAGAUUACAGGUGGAACUGGAAAAUGUAAACAGUCUUCUUUCACAAGCUGACAGCAAGUCCAUCAAACUCGGAAAAGAUUUUUCUACAAUUGAGUCUCAGCUUCAGGAUACUCAGGAACUCUUGCAAGAAGAAACAAGGCAAAAACUGUCAUUCAGUACAAAACUGAAGCAGGUGGAAGAUGAGAAGAAUGGCCUCUUGGAACAGCUUGAGGAGGAGGAAGAAGCUAAGAAAAAUUUAUCUAAACAGAUUUCCACACUGCAGUCACAGAUGGCGGAUACGAAGAAAAAAAUGGAUGAGAAUGUUGGUUUGCUGGAAACUGUAGAGGAACUAAAGAAAAAGCUACAAAAGGACCUGGAAGCUGCAAAUCAGCACUUUGAGGAGAAAGCAGCAGCCUAUGAUAAACUGGAGAAGACCAAGACUCGCCUGCAGCAAGAGCUGGAUGAUAUUGCUGUUGAUCUAGAUCACCAGAGACAAAUUGUUUCCAACCUUGAAAAGAAGCAAAAGAAAUUCGAUCAGCUAUUGGGAGAAGAAAAGGCAAUUUCUGUUAAAUAUGCUGAUGAGCGUGACAGGUCUGAGGCAGAGGCUCGUGAAAAGGAGACAAAAGCACUGGCCCUUGCCCGCUCUCUGGAGGAAGCUCUGGAAGCAAAGGCUGAAUUGGAGAGACUCAACAAGCAGCUACGCACAGAGAUGGAAGACUUGGUCAGCUCAAAGGAUGACGUUGGCAAGAGUGUGCAUGAGCUAGAGAAGUCCAAGCGAGCUCUGGAACAGCAGGUAGAGGAGAUGAAGACCCAGCUGGAGGAGCUUGAGGAUGAACUACAAGCAACAGAGGAUGCCAAGCUUCGACUGGAAGUAAACUUACAAGCCAUGAAAGCACAAUUUGAGCGUGACCUCCAGGGACGAGAUGAACAGAGUGAGGAUAAGAAGAAGCAGCUGUUUAGACAGGUAAAGGAAAUGGAAACAGAGCUUGAAGAUGAGCGGAAACAGCGUUCCCUGGCUGUGGCCGCUCGAAAGAAGCUAGAGAUGGACUUAAAGGACUUAGAAGGGCAAAUUGACUCUGCAAACAAGAACCGUGAAGAAGCAAUCAAGCAGCUGCGCAAACUGCAGGCUCAGAUAAAGGAUUACCAGAGGGAGAUGGAGGAAACUCGAGCAUCAAGGGAUGAAAUCUUGAGCCAGUCCAAGGAGUCUGAAAAGAAACUAAAGAGCAUGGAGGCUGAAAUGAUCCACUUGCAGGAGGAACUUGCUGCUUCUGAACGUGGUAAACGACAAGCCCAGCAAGAAAGGGAUGAACUGGCAGAUGAGAUUGCCAAUAGCAGUGGUAAAGGGGCUUUGGCUCUUGAAGAGAAGCGCCGUCUGGAAUCUCGCAUUUCCCAGCUGGAGGAGGAGCUAGAAGAAGAGCAAGGAAACACCGAACUGGUGAAUGACAGACUCAAGAAAGCUACUCUCCAGAUUGACCAGAUGAAUGCUGACUUGAAUGCAGAGCGUAGCAAUGCUCAGAAGAAUGAAAAUGCCCGCCAGCAAAUGGAUCGUCAGAACAAAGAACUGAAGACCAAACUUCAAGAGAUGGAAGGGACAAUUAAGUCCAAAUUCAAAGCAAACAUUACUGCUCUUGAAGCAAAGAUCGCUCAGCUUGAGGAACAGCUUGAUUCAGAAACAAAAGAGCGUCAGAAUGCUAGUAAACAAGUGCGGCGUACAGAGAAAAAACUAAAAGAUGUAAUGAUUCAGGUGGAAGACGAGAGGCGUAAUUCUGAACAGUACAAAGAUCAGGCUGAAAAGAACAAUGUAAGGAUGAAGCAGCUCAAGAGGCAGGUUGAGGAGGCAGAGGAAGAGGCCCAGCGUGCUAAUGCUAUGCGCCGUAAACUGCAGAGGGAGCUUGAAGAUGCCACAGAAACUGCAGAGGCCAUGAACCGUGAAGUAAACACCUUAAAGACCAAGCUUCGGCGCGGUGGUGACGUUGCUUUUGUGACAAGACGAGUUGGAAGGAAGGGUGUUGAUGAAGCCUCUGAUGAAGACCUAGAUGGCAAAGCAGAUGCUGGAGAUAGUAAAUCUGUUGACUAAGAUGCAUCAACCAUACCACUUGCCCAUUUGUCUUAGAGUGAUCCUGUUGAACUGCAGAACUUUUGAUCUUCCAGACUUAACAAGGGGAGAAAAUUGUUUUAUUGCCUCUAUAUUAUGGUCUUCCUCUUGUAAAGCACCAAAGCCAUCACAUGCUGAGAUGCAAUCUUAACUAGAAUGUGGGCUAUUUAUGGUUGCCAUGAAUCUUAAUAUUUUGUGCACUUUCUAUCGUGGCAGCCAGAGCUGAUUUGGUGCAGUCACAACAGUUUAAAAAUUCUUGCAUGCGUUUCUAGAUCCUCAAGCAAAAUGAAACAUGAGCGCUCACUGAUGACUGUGGAUCAGUUCCUCUUAAUACAUAAUUUUGAGUUUUGUCUAUUUUUAUUGCUGCCUCUUCUGCCGACAGGUUAGAUUAAACUACUCUGUGGUUUCUUCAGAAUUUGGCCACUGAUCCUUCCCUUGGCUCAGGGUAACUCUGUAACAGAAACCAUUGUCCAUUAUGGGCUCAUAAGGACCAAAAUGUUAAUCGGCCAUUGCAAGUAUCCGUUUACCUAUGUCUGAGGGUAAAUAAAUCUAUUAUUAUGGAGAUCUAGCUGUAAUGCACCACUUGUAUGAGCUGGUAUUCUGCACACACCUUACUGCUAAUGGUCAAGCUGUUUGUUUUCUGGAAUAAAAUGCUAUAAUAUUUUUUUAUACAUUUUUGUAUCACUGCCUGGAGUAGCUUUCCAGAUGAACGUUAGAUGCUUACAUGGAGAACAGAUUCAGACCACUGCAACCAAAGAGGAACAGAUGUAUUACGUUUAUAUAAAAUGUGUGAGAAUUUCAUUCUCCUUUUGUCUAGUCUCAAAGUGCCUUUAUGCGGCAGCCUUGUUGCCUCCACUGAAUCAAGUUAGCAGAUAAACCAGGGCUUCCUUGCUGUUGCUUAACAUAAUAAAAUCAGACAGUGCUGCAA